AUGACGAAGGGCAUAGUGAAGACUUGUGAAAAACCAAAGAACAAUGAGACCGAGUCCGAAGUGGGUUGUGUUUGGCCGCAGAUUGUAGCAAUUUUGGCAGCCUGUUUGGGUGCUUUCAACGAUGGAGUAUUGUAUGCCUGGACAUCACCUUUCCUAGUGAAACUAGUAAACGACAAAGAACACUACGAUAUUUCUGAGAGCGAGGCAAACAAUCUGACAAUUGUGCAGCCCUUGACCACAGUAUAG